UCUAAUUUCUCAAUUAAAUCAUUUCUUUACAAAUUAUUAUUAACUUAAUUAAUUAAUAUUUUUAUCUUCUGUAUAUAAAUCGGUCCAUGUUUCCUCGGCUCCAUCGACAGCACAUGAAUCUUUCCCAAGUACGACAGCAAAACGCCAUGAACAACCAAAACUUGCUCCCCGUUCCGUUCUUUUCCAACCCUGAAACUUAUCAGUUAUCCGAAAAGGUUCAUUUCUUGACUGAAACGUCGUCUUUUUAUAAGCCUCUGUUUGCUCCCCAUUACCCCAUCUCUUCCAUUUUAGCUCAUAAUAACUACCUUAACCAACAUAACUGCUGUCCUGUAUCGGUCGAUGUCUCGGUUUCAGAUUCCUUUGUUCCUAGCAAGAAAGAACCCGAUACCCAAACUCAAUCGCUGCCCGUUCUUGAUGGAAUCGCUGCUGUUGUUGGCCAGCACAUCCUUUUUGGAACCAAUACCUCCGCCAAUGGUAAGAACCUCGAAACAUCAAUUUCACAACGGACCGGCUCAAAGACAACGAACCACGAGGAUGAUGGUCACCGGAAAGUUACUGGAAUGCCCAUGCAAAGGAGCUAUAGAGGAGUGAGAAAGAGGCCGUGGGGAAGAUGGUCAGCAGAGAUACGUGACCGAAUAGGGCGCUGCCGCCACUGGCUGGGCACAUUCGACACAGCAGAAGAAGCGGCGCGUGCAUAUGACGCGGCGGCGAGGAGACUCAGAGGUGCAAAAGCAAGAACAAAUUUUGAAAUCCCUUCUGUGCUGCCGAUUUCGUCUCCAACUUCCUCAGGUUCAUCUACGGAAGUUAGAAAGAGAAAUAGUAACAAAGGAAAUGGUGGUAAAAAGUGCGCAGUUGUUACUUCUGUUGCUCAUUUGUUUAGUGAUAUCAUUAACACCAAUAGUGUUUUUGAAGGGAAGACGAACAGUACAGUAAGUAACAAUAAUAAUGCUAAGUUGGAGCUUGACCUGAAGCUGGGGAUGGGAUUUGGUGAAAAUGGAAACAAGAGAGAUGCUCCUUAUAUGGUUAUUUAGGGUUCUUGGUUGUUAGCAGCUUUUUUUCUAUAUUACAUAAGGAACCUUUCUUGUUUUCUCUUUUUGUUUUUGGGUAAAAUUAGGUUAGCAAAUAUGAAUGUAUG